AGCUACCUGGAAGGUAUCCUUAUUCGCCGCUUGCUACGAUCUUAGCGAUUUCUAUUCCCCAAGAAUUUUAUAACAUUAUAUUUACCGUGCUCUGAAAAAAUUGAGUAUCAUCACUUAAUUAAUCCCCAUAUUGCGUCUAUUCGUACCUAAUCCAAGAUGGCUGUUGCUGCACCCAUCUCUCCGGAGCAUAUCGCUGUCGUUAAGGCGACCGCUCCAGUUCUGAAGGAACAUGGCACAACGAUUACGACACUCUUUUAUAAUAACAUGAUCGCUGCCCAUCCGGAGCUCAAGAAUAUAUUUAGCAUGUCCAAUCAAACCAGUGGGGCGCAACCGCGUGCCCUAGCCGCCGCCGUUUUCGCCUACGCCACCUACGUCGACGAUCUCGGCCAUCUGAAAGAUCUCGUCGAGCGCAUCGCGCACAAGCACGAGAGCUUAAACGUCCAGGCCGAUCAAUACCAGAUCGUAGGGAAAUAUCUCAUCGAGGCCGUAGCUGCCGUAUUAGGCGAUGCUUGCACGCCCGAAAUCGCCGAGGCUUGGACGGCCGCCUACGGCGCCUUAGCCGAUAUUUUCAUCAACAGGGAAAAGCAACUGUACGCCGCUCACGGGAACUGGCAGGGUUGGCGCCGCUUCAAGAUCCAGCGCAAAGUACCGGAGUCGUCGGAAAUCACAAGCUUUUACCUCGUGCCCGAAGACGGACAGCCGCUCCCGUCGUUUUUGCCGGGCCAGUACAUCAGCCUCCAAGUAUUUAUCCCCGAGAUGGGCCACAUGCAACCCAGACAGUACUCGCUAAGCGACGCGCCGGGACACGACUACUACCGCAUCAGCGUGAAGAAGGAGAAGGGCAAGGAGCCCGGAAUUCCGGGAUUGAUUUCCAAUCUGCUACACGACAAGUAUAAGGAGGGAGAUGUUAUCGAGCUUACAGCUCCCGCUGGAGAAUUCUUCGUCGACCCCAAGGAAGACGAGAGCAAGCCGAUUGCCCUCAUUUCGGCCGGAGUCGGUCUUACACCUAUGAUAUCCAUCCUCAACAGCACCGUGAACGCAGGGUCCCACCGGCGCAUCUCCUGGAUACACGGUGUGCACAACACUGAAGUCCGAGCGUUCAGCAACCACAUCCGAGACACAUGCGCCAAGGAUGUCAACGGCAACAAUAUUAACGCGAUAUUCUUUGUGACGUCGCCCCAGCAGAAGGAUGUCCAGGGCGUCGAUUACCACCUCACUGGGAGGAUGGACCUCGCAAAGGUCGAUCCCAAGGCCAAUCUCUUCCUCGACGACGCGCGCGCCGAGUACUACAUCUGCGGCCCCUACGCGUUCAUGAAAGACAUGGAGAAGUAUCUGGUCAGCGUCGGAGUGAAUCCAGAGCGGAUACAUAUCGAAAUUUUCGGGACCGGCGAUCAGUAGACAUUUUUGCUUAGGUACUGGCAUGCUUGCGGGGAAGGCAAACUGUGAAUAAGUAUACUGCAUGUGAUUCUUUCAAGACACAUGUUGUUUGUCAUGUAUAUAUUUCGUAUAGUACGGGAUCGGAUUUCUCAAGGAGGUUAGGCGCCAUCGGUAUGGAUACUUAAGACAUUUUGGAAGAUUCCUCUCUUAUCAACCGCUCACAUUUCGUAUAUUUUUUCUUGCGCAUGGAUAAACCGGCCAACCUCGUUGGCCAAGUGAUCUAGACUUCAUUUCUGAAUUAUACGUAGCUUUAUACUCCCUGCUCUAACAAAUGAUAAAGAAAACUACUAAAUGAC